UGCAGUACGAAAGCAAAAAUAUUUCUGUUCAAAUGUUCAAUUCAAAAUCAUAGAUUUGUUUUCUAGCUGCCCAAACAGCUGCCCUCUAGCAAUCAGUAUGCGAGUCAGCUCGCAGGAAUUCCUCAUCAACAACUGCAGCAACAGCAGCAACAGUAUGGGCAGCAUUGCGCUAUUUUGGCAGCAUGCACAUCGAACAGUUCGGUCGUUUCCGAACGAUUAAAUCCUCAAAAACGGGAAACAACUCAACAUACGUAUUUUGUUACUCCAUUCGCACAAAAAUGCGCUACUCUUGUGCAGACAUUAAUCCUGAGAAGUUAUGACGAUGGACAGUUGCAUCAAGUGUCUUUGGGACCCAGUCAGGUAGACAAAGACCAGAUACUUAAAUCUUAUAAUUUAAUUACAACCUUUUUCGAAAUUACCUGCUACCCCUUCUACAGGAUUCUAAUCAGCAAACGGAAUACCAUAUUUUGACCAAUGGGCAGGUCGGAAAUUCCGAAUUAUUUUCUUUGACUACUUGCUUCGCCCUUACGGCCAGUAUUGAGAGUCUAUGUACAGCAACAGGGGCAACUCUUAUUGCACCUGGGUGGGCUCAAAUUAUCCCAUCCUUCCAGCAAUCCACCCUCCCACUUGUGAACGCCUUUGAAGCAGUUCCCGAUAUGCUAAGGGACGUUCGUGCUGGAUUGACAUCCAUCAGUCUUACAACAAACCUGACACCACUUCUAUGCUGCACUCAAACUGAAUUUUCGUAUCACGCACAUAAGUUUCAAUUGUCUUCAAAUUUUGGACACAAGGAUCGUUGCAACGAAAAUCGAUUUCCGGUACCAGUGCUACUUCAGCAACCUGUGGUUCUCGACGAUAUUCAAUUGGCUAAAGGAAAUCCAGCGGAAGCUGUCGAUUAUUCUGUAAAUAGCAGAUCUCUUGAACUUGGGCUAUCGCUUGAGUGGCAAAGGACACCCUCUUCCGGUCAGAAGACUUACGCCGACGUCGUCCAAGAAACUGGAAAAAGUAUCGACGCUGGCAGACCUUGUGGAAAAAUUGACCAACAAGCCGGAAACAUAAGUGACAAAACGAUGAAGGCUCAAGAAGAUUAUAGAAGAAUUUCUGACGGCGUCGAGUACUUUGAAGAUGAGACUGAAGAUAUUCGUAAUUUCGUCAUCAGAGCUCACAAUUAUCAGAAUCCCGUUCAUCGUCUGCAAACAUCCAACAGCUCCACGCCGAGUACAUUUUCUGAAGAUUCACAUAUUUCCGGGUGUUCGGACGGGACCCGUCUCUGUAGGAUGGCCGAGAAAUUCUGCUUUGAGGAACUGGAGAACGCUGCUUUUUUCCGAGCUUUCGAUGAGUACAAUCGUUACCGAAGGCGCAUGGCUUACACCAGGAGAUUCCUUUCAUCAGUCGAAGACUCCAGAUCAUCCGAAUUGACUGUAUUCACGGCUUUUUCUCUGGACAAUUGUGACGUGGAUUGUUCCUGGAUGUUCGAUGGCGAAGACAGGGAAUGUUCAUCGAUUGAACGAUCUGAACUUGCAGGCACCGAUUCUGACAGUUCGGUGGAUAUUGCCUUGAAGAAAGGACGAGGUGCUUUCAAGGUCCUCAAGAAUUUCAGAGAAUGCACCAGCAGUACUAAAGCACUUUACACGAAUUCUUGGAGACCUGGCGAAAUAUAUCUAUUACGUCGUCGCCAUAGUAUGAAAAACGUUUAA